CAUCUUGUUUAACAAAAAUAAUUAAUUAAUUAUUAUUCUUAAGGCUUAUAAUAACUCACUUAAUUUAGAGUGAAAGAAAAAUUAAAACAACUAAAGCUUUCUUGAACUCUCUCUCUUUUUUUUUUUCAAAAUAAAAAAAAAAAAAUGUUUGUGGUUGAUAAUAUUACACUACACUUCUCUUCACUCUAGUCAAAGUAUAAACCCAUAUUAUUAUGCCUAAUCUCUUUCCCCUUUUCUCUUGUUUUCCACACACUAUUUUCCCGAGAAACAAACACCUUCACCAUAUAAAUUCCAUACUAUGCUGACCAACAAUAUCGAUCAAACAGCCAGCACAAGCACUAAUAAUAACCACAAUCGAAGCGAUGAUCAUGAUGAUCAAGAAGAAGAGUUUCGAGAUAUCCACGCGCUGACUCCACCUCACGCGCCGUUACCUCUACCGCCGGGAAUUCGCGCCGCCGGUCGCCGAAGAGAUCAGACUGCCGCCUGGGAGACGAGCAGUCACCGAUCAUCGUCGACUUCGUUGGGAAGCGAAAUCGGAGCUCUGAGCGAGAAUUUCACGAGUAUGAGCCGAGAAUUCAGCGCGCUGGUGUUAGCCGGCUCCACCAUCGACGGGAGCCAAAACGACAUCGAUUUGGGGCAAACGACAGGAAACAAUACGAAUAACAACAACAAUUUGGGGAGGAUUGGAGAAGAUGAGGAGGUGGAAACCAAUCCCUUGGCGAUCGUACCAGAUAACUAUAAUAACAAUAAUCCGGUUUCGUCUCCGAAUCGACGGCGGGAUUUGGCGGCGCCGCCUAGCUCGGGCGAAAUUAGCGGCGGAGACGAUCGGGUUGUUACGUCGGUUGAGGUAGUGAAGAAGGAGGAAGUUGAGUCGAAAAUUUCGGCUUGGCAAAACGCUAAAGUGGCUAAGAUUAAUAAUCGGUUUAAGAGGGAAGAUGCUGUUAUUAAUGGGUGGGAGAAUGAACAAGUUCAAAUGGCUACUUCUUGGAUGAAAAAAGUUGAGAGGAAACUAGAGGAGAAAAGAGUAAGAGCCCUAGAAAAGAUGCAAAAUGAUGUAGCGAAAGCUCGUAGAAAAGCAGAAGAAAGAAGAGCUUCGGCCGAGGCCAAAAGAGGUACCAAAGUGGCUAGGGUUCUUGAAAUAUCAAACUUGAUGAGAGCCGUUGGAAGAGCACCAGUCAAACGCUCCUUCUUCUAGUACUAUUAAUUAAUUAUCGUUCUAUUUUUAUACCAAUUAGAACCCCAAAAAUAUAUAUGAAAAAUAUAAUAUUUUGGGGACAAAUAAUUUUAGCUAGUACUAGUGCCCCAUAAAGGGCACUUUCCCUUUUAAAAAAAGUGCCUUGUGAUGGAUCAGAUUAUAGAAAGAAAUUUAAGUGUGAGUACUUUGUGUUGUGUAGUGAAAUUAUUGAUGAGUGAGUGUUGUUGAAUUGAGUAAUUAAUGAUAUCCUUUGUUAGUGUUUGAAAUUUGGAAUUGUACGUGUGCUGGAAAUUUUGAAGGAAUAUAUAUUAUAAUUAGGUUAA